AAUAGUUAACAUGCCGGGGAGUUUCCUCGGCUGGGAAGUUGUACUUUAUGUAUAGCACCUGUUGUGCCGUCAGUUGGCAGUCUCCAAAAACCCAACCCUCCGCCGCGCAGCGAUAUUUUAUCUCAGUCUGCACCAAGUUAUGACUCAAGAGCUCGCCAGACAACAGAACUCGUCUCGGUGCUGCGAAUGGUUUCUGGGUUCAGACUGUAUCAGGUUGCUGGACUCCCUCGCUGUCUCCCCCACCUCUCUCUCUCUCUCUGUGUGUGAGCUUUGGCUGUAAUGCGUAAAGAUCUGCGGGGAUUUAUUCAGACGGAGUCAAGAACGCAGCGUGGACGCGCGCUUUAGCCAAAAUGCAUCUGUGCCUCUCUGAUGAUCUCGUACCAUAGAUUAUACGACUGCAAACGGACGCUUUCACAACUAAAUCCAGGAUUAUAAUUACUUAAAGCCAAACUUUGCUCAACUCAGAAUCCAACAGGACCAACAGGUGCGCACUCGCAUUGCGCAGAAGCGGCUGCUCUGGAGGCUCUGGAGGAGGAUUUUUUUUUUCUUUUUUGUCUUGAUUUAGGGAGAUAUAAAUGUCAUUGUUUCCAGAGGGACUGAUGAUUAAGAUUAUGUGGAUUGUACUCUGCGUGUAUCCUCUCCAAAUGUGUCCAAAACAGCACUGCUGUCCUGUCAACGACGCGUGCGUGUGGUGAUCCAAACCAUCCCGUCAACAGCGCUUUGUGAUCGCCAAACACCACUCAUCCAAAUGAUCCUUCCAUCAUUAAUCCUUCUUGCAUCGCUUCUCCAACACUAUGGCUCGGGAGCUGAAUCAAGUCACGUCAGCAAGUUUCACCCUCCAGGUGUAAAGGAGCAAAACGGAGUGCAGGAUUCCCAUCAGGAGAAGAUCACAACAGUGUCUGGAGAGGGAAUGGUCCAGAGCCCAGACUUCCCAAACACCUAUCCCAGGAGCACUGAGUUGGUCUGGAGACUAGUGGCUGCCAGUAACAUGAGGAUCCAGCUCACCUUUGAUGAGAGGUUUGGUCUGGAGGACCCUGAAGAUGGCAUAUGCAAGUACGACUAUGUGGAAGUAGAGGAUCUGACUGAGAAAACCAUCCUGGGUCGCUGGUGCGGCUCACAGUCGGUACCAGCUAGCCACACUUCCAAAGGGAGUCAGAUCAGGAUCCGCUUCGUGUCUGACGAGUACUUCCCGUCUGAGCCGGGAUUCUGCCUCCGCUACUCCCUUCUGCCUGUGAGUGUAUCAGAGCCAGAAGUCCCUGCGGUUCUCCCUCCAUCCCUGCAGGGUAUUGAGGAGUUGUCAGAGGCUGUGGCGGGACUGAGCACCAUGGAGGAGGUCAUGCAGUACCUAGAGCCGGAGCGAUGGCAGGUGGAUCUGGAAGAGUUGUAUAAACCCACAUGGCACGUGCUGGGGAAGUCCUUUAUCCUCAACAAGAAAGCCAGAGGAGGAACUGAUCUCAAUCUCUUGAGGGAGGAGGUUCGGCUGUACAGCUGCACUCCACGCAACUUUUCGGUCUCCUUGCGUGAGGAGCUGAAAAGGACGGAUGCCAUUUUCUGGCCCAGCUGCCUCCUGGUGAAGCGCUGUGGUGGAAACUGUGCCUGCUGCUCCCAUCGCUGUUACGACUGCCAGUGUGUUCCCACCAGGGUCACGAAGAAAUACCAUGAGGUCCUACUGCUGAAACAUCGAAGCGGUGUUCGAGGCCUGCAGAAGUCCAUGACUGAUGUGCCCUUGGAGCACCAUGAGGAGUGUGCCUGUGUUUGUAAAGAUGACUGGGACUGACCUCUGACACGUGUAAUCGCUGCCACUGGAGUGACACGGGAUGUUAGAAAUGAACCUCUGCCGCUGUUGCAGCAUUCUGUUUCUCAUCCACUCCCACUGGAAGCUAACAAGAUUCUCCAUUUAUCCUGUUGUCCUUUCGCUAAUUGGAUUAAGCAGAACAGGCUGGAAUCUAAUAAAUCUCCUGAAUGGAUUUGACUGCUGUGGAAUACCAAUAGUGUGCUCUGAGUGCAGUUUAGAGAGACAAAAAGACACUGGAGCAGAUGUGGACUGUUACCUUUGUGCUCUGAGGACUGUUUUCUGCUGCUCCUCGCAGAUAAGAACAUUGAGGCAUUUUUGCUUCUUCGUCUUAAAGUCUUUUUAUAAAGUUCAGCCAGCGUGGGCUGAUACUGUCAUGGAAAAUGGGAGCUUCUUUGUUCAAGUACUUUUUUUGUCUAUAAAUGUGCUGGCUCCAGCUGCCUGACUCUCCCUACCCCACCAUUAUCACCAUCAAUGCAGAGAAAGGUGCUUUUUUCAUCAGGAGCUUUUUUUCCUCCUUACUUCUCUCAGCAUAGAUUCAAUCUGUAGUAAAACAGCCAUAUCAUCACUAAAAUGCCUUGCUAAGAAGAUUGUAUUAUGUGUAAAUAUGUCAUUUACGAUUAUUUGUACUAUCUGUACUGUCAUGCCUUUUCUACCAAAGAUUCUCAAGGAGAGGAUAAAAGUUGCACCUGUAGAAUCAGUCGUCCCUUCAUUUCAAAUCUGCUUUGCUUCAUGAAUGCCUAGCAUCAAGCUAUUCUUGCAGUGUUCAUAUUAAAUAUUUAUUUGUUAAAUGAAAGGGAAAUUUAGGUCCAAAAUGUCUUCUUUGCUAUAUGUGUCACUGUACAGUAGCAUUAGCCGCCAGUUUGCAUUGUUAGUAAUCUUACAUUGCUGUUGUGUCAUGGAUGUUUUUUCAUUUUCUGUAUGCCAAAGUUAUUUAUCUCUACUUUUGAAAUAAUUGUCUGUGUAUUUCAUUGUACUGAACAUCAAAAAUAAAUUCUUCCAUUUCUAAGAAGA